AGGACUCUCCUCCACCUUGUUGUUGGAAAAGCUCCUUAUAAUCGUUAACAGAGCUAGCUAACCAGAUGCUAAUAACAACAAUCCCCGGGACCGCUCUCUCUCUCUCGCUCGCUCACACAAUGCGCUCGUGCCACACACAGAGCCGAGCUUGAAUGACACACAAAGACCCAGAGGUAGUAGUACUGUAAUAUAGCAUAUUAUUUUACAUAUGAUUGUGUUUCUAUUAGGAUCCACCAUGAGAGACCAGACCCUCCUGAACCCAGCUGUGUUUCCAUGAGGAGUGAACAGUCUAUGCUUCAACGUAUAAAGCAGUGGUGGGGAACCACCGGCCUCCUAUACGCGGACCAGUACGGUCCUCGAAACCAUUUGAUGCGGCCCUGGAGGUACGACACCACAACAGAUCCACCAGGAAUCUACAUAGGACGUUUGAACCUGCCAACCUGCAAGAUGGAAACCACUGAUCCAAAGAUCCACCAUGAGAGACCAGACUCUCCUGGACCUAGAGAUGUGUCCAUGAAGAGUGACCAGUCUAUGCCUCAGCCUAUUACCUUCAAAGAUGGAGAGCCUGAUGAUAGUCCAGAGAUCCACCAUCAGAGACCAGACUCUCCUGGAUCUGGACCCAGCUGUUUGUCCUUGAAGAGUGACCGGUCUAUGCCUCACCUUAUAAUGUUUGGAGAUGGAGAGCAUAGUGAUGGACCAAGGUUCGACACCACAACAGAUCCACCAGGAAUCUACAUAGGACGUUUGAACCUGCCAACCUGCAAGAUGGAAACCACUGAUCCAAAGAUCCACCAUGAGGGACCAGACUCUCCUGGACCCAGCUGUUUGUCUAUGAAGAGUGACCGGUCUAUGCCUCACCUUAUAAUGUUUAAAGAUGGAGAGCAUGAUGAUGGACCAAGAGUUCAUCAGCAGAGAUCAGAGGGUCCUGGUGGUCCGUCUGCCCAGCAGCAUCAAACUCACCUGGACUCCAUAUUUAUGGUGCUGGAGGACCACAUCGUCACUUUUGUGAAGAACGAGUUGAAGAAGAUCCAGACAGUCCUGACUUCAGAUUACCCAGAAUGCUUAGAGAGUCAGAGGGAGGAUGAGGAGGUGUUGGACGGUGAGGAUGAAGAGCAGAGGAGGAGCAGAGAGGCCUUUCUGAACAUCUCACUGCACUUCCUGAGGAGCAUGAAGCAGGAGGAGCUGGCUGAGCGUCUGCAGAGCAGAACUGCUGCUGUAGUCUGCCGACGUAAACUCAAAUCCACCCUGAAGGAGAGGUUCCAGUGUGUGUUUGAGGGCAUUGCUAAAGCAGGAAACCCAACCCUUCUGAACCAGAUCUACACAGAGCUCUACAUCACAGAGGGGGGGUCUGCAGAGGUCAAUGAGGAACAUGAGGUCAGACAGAUUGAAACAGCAUCCAGGAAACCAGACAGACCAGAAACAACCAUCAGACAAGAAGACCUCUUUAAAGCCUCACCUGCAAGAGAUGCACCAAUCAGAGCAGUGAUGACAAAGGGCGUGGCUGGCAUUGGGAAAACAGUCUUAACACAGAAGUUCACUCUGGACUGGGCUGAAGGCAAAGCCAACCAGGACAUCCAGUUCACAUUUCCAUUCACCUUCAGAGAGCUGAAUGUGGUGAGAGAGAACAAGUACAGCUUGGUGGAACUUGUUCAUCACUUCUUCUCUGAAACCAGAGACGCAGGAAUCUGCAGGUUUGAUCAGUUCCCGGUUGUGUUCAUCUUUGACGGUCUGGAUGAGUGUCGACUUCCUCUGGACUUCCACAACACUGAGAUCCUGACUGAUGUCACAGAGUCCACCUCAGUGGAUGUGCUGCUGACAAACCUCAUCAGGGGGAAGCUGCUUCCCUCUGCUCGCCUCUGGAUAACCACACGACCUGCAGCAGCCAAUCAGAUCCCUCCUGAGUGUGUGGACAUGGUGACAGAGGUCCGAGGGUUCACUGACCCACAGAAGGAGGAGUACUUCAGGAAGAGAUUCAGAGAUCAGAAGCAGGCUGGCACCAUCAUCUCCCACAUCAAGACCUCACGAAGCCUCCACAUCAUGUGCCACAUUCCAGUCUUCUGCUGGAUCUCUGCUACAGUUCUGGAGGACAUGUUGAAAACCAGAGAGGGAGGACAGCUGCCCAAGACCCUGACUGAGAUGUACAUCCACUUCCUGGUGGUUCAGUCCAAAGUGAAGAACAUCAAGUAUGAUGGAGGAGCUGAGACAGAUCCACACUGGAGUCCAGAGAGCAGGAAGAUGAUGGAGUCUCUGGGAAAACUGGCUUUUGAGCAGCUGCAGAAAGGCAACCUGAUCUUCUAUGAGUCCGACCUGACAGAGUGUGGCAUCGAUAUCAGAGCAGCCUCAGUGUACUCAGGAGUGUUCACACAGGUCUUUAGAGAGGAGAGAGGACUGUACCAGGACAAGGUGUUCUGCUUCGUCCAUCUGAGCGUUCAGGAGUUUCUGGCUGCUCUUCAUGUCCUUCUGAGCUUCAUCAACUCUGGAGUCAACCUGAUGGCAGAAGAACCAACAACCUCCAGGCGGCCUAAAGUCUUCAGAGUCAAACCUAAACUAACAAAUCUCUACCAGAGUGCUGUGGACCAGGCCUUACAGAGUCCAAACGGACACCUGGACUUGUUCCUCCGCUUCCUCUUUGGUCUUUCACUGCAGACCAAUCAGAAACACUUACGAGGCCUGCUUACACAGACAAAAAGUGACCCAGAGAAAAAUCAACAAACAGUCCAGUACAUCAAGAAGAAGAUGGAUGAGGAUCUGUCUGCAGAGAGAAGCAUCAACCUGUUCCACUGUCUGAAUGAACUGAAUGAUCGUUCUCUAGUGGAGCAGAUCCAACAGUCCCUGAGUUCAGGAAGUCUCUCCACAGAGAGUCUCUCUCCUGCUCAGUGGUCAGCUCUGGUCUUCAUCUUACUGUCAUCAGAAGAAGAUCUGGAAGAGUUGGACCUGAAGAAAUACUCUGCUUCAGAGGAGGCUCUUCUGAGGCUGCUGCCAGUGGUCAAAGCCUCCAGGAAAGCUGUGCUGAGCGGCUGUAACCUGUCAGAGAGAAGCUGUGAAGCUCUGUCCUCAGUCCUCAGCUCCCAGUCCUCUAGUCUGAGAGAUCUGGACCUGAGUAACAAUGACCUGCAGGAUUCAGGAGUGAAGCUGCUGUCGGCUGGACUAGAGAGGCCACACUGUUAUAUGGAAACUCUCAGUCUGUCAGGCUGUCUGGUCACACAGGAAGGCUGUGUUUCUCUGGCCUCAGCUCUGAGCUCCAACCCCUCCCAUCUGAGAAAGCUGGACCUGAGCUACAAUCAUCCAGGAGACUCAGGAGAGAAACUGCUCUCUGAUGGGGUGGAGGAUCCACUCUGGAGACUGGACACUCUGAGGGUGGACCAUGGUGGAGAGCAGAGGUUAAAACCAGGUCUGAUGAAAUAUUCCUGUGAACUCACACUGGACACAAACACAGCACACAGAGAACUAAAACUGUCUGACAACAACAGGGAGGUGACAUAUGUGGUGGAGGAGGAGCAGCCAUAUCCUGAUCAUCCAAAGAGAUUUAACUAUUGGCCUCAGCUGAUGUGCAGAGAAGCUCUGACUGAUCACUGUUACUGGGAGGUCGAGUGGAGAGGAGGGGUUAACAUAGCAGUGACUUACAGAGGAAUCAGCAGGAGAGGAGACAGAGAAGAAUCUGUGUUUGGAUGGAAUGAUCAGUCCUGGAGUCUGAGUCAUGAUGGUGGUUACUCUGUCUGGCACAAUAAGAGAACAACAGUCCUGCCUCCCUCCUCCCCCCCCUCCUCCUCCUCCCCCUCCUCCUCCUCCUCCUCCUCCUCCUCAUCCUCCUCCCCCUCUGGUAGAGUAGCAGUGUAUCUGGAUCAUCCUGCUGGCUCUCUGUCCUUCUACAGAGUCUCCUCUGACACACUGAUCCACCUCCACACCUUCAGAACCACAUUCACUGAACCUCUGUAUGCUGGGUUUGGGUUCUGGUCACAUGACUCCUCAGUGUCUCUGUGUUAUCUGUAGGAGGAGACCACUUCCAGAAAUCUUCAGUGAUCCACGUCUCCUCUCACUGUGUUCCUCCUCAUGUUGAUUGAUGAGAUAUAAUGAGGCUAAAUUAAUCUCAUAAAUUCAUGGGAUUUAUGUUACAAUACUACAGAUACAUUUGAGUGUGAACCCUCAUUCCUUCUUUCUGUGUCUACGUGCAUACACAAUAUAUCGAUGCACAACCAUGUGUUUAUGUUACCAAACUUAUUUUUUAAUGAAAUUGUAAAAUAGUUGUAAUCUUUGAAUAUUAUUUUCUCUAGACUUCUUCUUUCAAUUGUAUUGAAUGAAUGUUUUAAAUGUAUUCAUGUGAUUUGAUAAUGUGUUUAUUUUGCAUAUUGUCUGAAUCCUUUGAAUGUUUUCGUAAAGCACCUUGAAUUGCCUUGUUGUUGAAAUGUGAUGUAAAGUUAAACUUAACUUUCCUUUGCUGGCAGAAAUUAUACGUAUCUUCCUAAAAAUAGUGAAAUGAUCUCCUUGGUGUUGAGCUAGUUGUGUACUAACCAAUGUGACUUAUAUGCAUCUUAAAGGAGAGGUGUCAUGGCCAUUUCCACUGAUCAUAAUUCCAUUGUUGGGGUCUACUAAAAUAGAUGUAUAU